AGAAAUCAUCAAAAAAUGGUUACAAAAACUAAUAAAAAUUCAAACACUGGCAGCAUGCCAGACGUCGUGUAAAUGAAGUGUAAAAAAGAAUGUUUAAUCUGUGGUUGUGUUUGUGAUUGUUUAUGGUGCGAUGUAAAGAGGGUUAGUUAUAAUGUGUUCUGUGAUGUGGCUGAGGCUGCUGGUGAUGCUGGCGGCCUGCUGGGCGCAGGAGGGCGAGUGGAGCGAGGACGCCGAGGACCUGGUGUCGACGGUGGAUGUGGACGCGGUGCUGGGGCGCACGGCGUCGCUUCCGUGUGACGUCACGCCCGACGCCAACGAGGACCGCGUCUACAUGGUGCUAUGGUUCCGUGCCGGAAAAGCUACCGGCGGCAAGCCUAUAUACAGUUUCGACGUCCGCGGCCGCUCCUUCAACAAGGCGUUGCAAUGGUCAGACCCGAAUGCCUUCGGUCCUCGCGCGUACUUCGCGACGGUUGCUCGCCCGGCGUCGCUGACUCUGGACACUGUGCAGCUAGAUGAUGAGGGCGUGUAUCGAUGCAGAGUUGACUUCAAGAACUCGCCCACACGAAACUUUCAGAUUCGUCUGUCUGUUAUAGUACCGCCUCACCAGCUAAUCCUGUACGACAAGUCUGGCCGGGACGUGUCCGGGGUGGUCGGUCCUCUGGAAGAGGGCAACGAACUGGUCCUCGUGUGUGAAGUCCGAGGAGGUCGUCCCGCCCCCACAGUUAUGUGGCUGAUCGACGGCACCCCAGCACCACAGUACAUCGGUGAGAAGACAGACACCCACGUGGUGGUGAAUCGGUUGGAACUGCCUCACGUGCGGAGAACCCACCUGAACACCACCUUCAAGUGUCGCGCCUCCAACACCAACCUCGUCAGCCCACAGGAGAAGACUGUUAGACUAGAAAUGAACUUGAGGCCUACAAUGGUGCAGAUAGCAAACAAGCCGGUAACGCUAUCCUCGGAGCGUUACAUCACUCUGACGUGCCUGUCCGAGGGCAGUCGGCCGCCAGCGCAGCUCACCUGGUAUAAGGAUAACAGGAAGUUCAAGAGAGGGAAGAUCGUGGAAGCGAUGAAUGAGACGUGGGUGAGCAGUCAGGUGCAGUUCAUGCCUCUACCAGAGGACGAUGGAGUGCAGCUCAAGUGUCAAGCGGAUAACAACGCUUUGCCCGGACAGAGUCUAGAAGAUUCUUUCAAAUUGGACGUCGUCUACCCGCCGGUAGUGUCACUGUCGCUUGGCAGUACCCUCAACCCUCAUGACAUCAAGGAAGGCGACGACGUGUACUUCGAGUGCUCGGUGCGCGCCAACCCCAGGGAGCAUAGGAUAUCGUGGUACCAUAAUGACAAGGCGGUUCUCCACAACGUGGUAUCCGGCAUCAUCGUGAGCACCAAGUCCCUAGUCCUGCAGAAGGUGACGCGAGACCACGGCGGAGAUUAUUCCUGCAGAGCCACCAAUGCGCUCGGAGAGACCGCGAGCCAAUCUACGCAUCUUAGUAUACAAUAUGCCCCGGUAUGCGCGCACCAAUCUCCGCAAGUGCUAGGAGCGCAGCUUGACGAGUCGUUGCGCGUGCGCUGCUCCGUGACUGCUAAUCCCCCUGACGUCACGUUUUUCUGGCAAUUCAACAACAGUGGCGAGAGUCUCGAUGUGUCGCCGCUCAAAUUUGGUACUGCAAACGGGAGCACAAGUGAGCUCAGCUACAAGCCACAGAGCGAGAGGGACUACGGAACCCUCAGCUGUAGAGGGACCAACACAGUGGGGCGGCAGCUAGACCCCUGCGUGUUCCAGAUAGUGCCUGCUGCCCGUCCAACAGCGCCUCGCAACUGCUCCCUACAAGCGGGCAACACGAGCGCGGAGGGUAGCAGUUGGCUGCGCGUGCGCUGCGUCGCCGGCUACGACGGAGGACUGCCGCAGUACUUCAUGCUAGAAGCCCUGGACCCGGUGACGGGAAAAACUAGGUUUAACGGCAGCGUUAAUGAGACUGAUGGACUGGCAGUCUUCAAGCUAGAUCUCUCUCAGCUGACAUCGGCUGGAGAGGCAGCCGGCGCUACCUUCAAUCUGCUCAUCUAUGCCAGGAACCUUAAGGGCGAAUCAGAGAAGACCUUACUUGAAAAUAUAGCCUUUAACGACGCUGCCAGAAGAACAGAUGGCAAGGGUGCUAUGGGUGGUGUUAGCGUGGGAGUAGCAGUGGCAGCGGCAUUAGGAGCUACGCUGGCAGCCGGUGGGGUGGCACUGGCAGCGCUGUGCGCCCGCCGCCGCCGCGCAGCACCACCUCACAAGCAUCCACCAGGAGAUAUGCUAGAGCUGAGUGAUGGUGGGCGGCGGUACGUGGUGGCGUAUACCAUCAAACCCUCGCCGGACCUGAAGACGCCAGAUCCACAACCUGAUAUAUUAAAUGCACCAGAUUGUGAAAAUCAACCUUCAGCGCCAAUAAUAGAUGAAGCUGAUGAAUGGCCUAGCAUAAAGGAAGUGAGAGGAGAUUGGAGUAAAACUGGUGCAGUUUUCUCAGCAGAAGACCUAGCACUUCUGGACUCUACUGGGCGACCAACACAGCUGACGCCGAACAGCGACCUGGUGCCUAGUAGACAAGAAGACGUUCUAAAUCAGAACUUACAACCAGUAGGAAGUAACUUUAGGCCUAGCUAUGUAGUCACAAACAGUCCUACUCUGGGCAGCCCCAACUUUGUGUGCCCCAACGGCAACUUGAGCUCACCGUUCGGUAGCCAGAGUUUAACAUUAAGUGGGCCUACCCUCAGUUCGGGAAGUCUCGCCACCUCGACCUUACACAGGACCAAAGGCAAGGGCAACGUUCGAAGAAGGGAACACGUUCUGGCCGAAAAUCUGCCGGGACCCGAAAGUUGUGUGUAAAGUGAAUAUAAUGUGCUCCAUGGAUUUGAUCAAAACUUUUGCCAAUGAAUUGCAAAUUAACUUAAGUGUAAUAAUAAAAGGACGGAUUGUUUUUUUACUUGAUAUUACGCUUGUUCAUAAUGUUUAUCCCACGCCGCGUGGCUUGGGUAGUCAAUUUUACAUGAGUACUUUACGUUGUUUUGCCAAACCGAUCUGUUUCAUAAAUGUUAAGCGACGUGACAAUAUUAAUUUCACGUGUAUAUAGAUUUAAUAGUUGAAAUAUAUUUAGCUGAGGUGUUCUUCAGGGCUCGAUAUAUUGUCCAAUGUAACCUUGAACUAUGAAUUUGGGCUACGUAGCACGCUCUGAAUAAAUUACGGCCUACAUUUUACGUUACGAAAUUGCUCAAAAAUCAAAAACUUUGGGAAGUGCGAAGCACAAAGUUUUAAAUUGUAUUUCAAGGUUUCUUAUAAUUAUAUUAAGUAGCGGGGCAGCUUGGAACGCAGUCAUCCGUAUUUUAUUUCGACUCCAGAAUAUACGGAAAUGUUCUUUCGUAUUUACUUCUUGUACCAAGACUUCAAGGUCAAAGGUUAAUAAAGAUGGCAUUUAUAUAUUUGAUGCUCCAUUUGCCGUUUAAAGAAUGUAAGUAAGAUUUAAAAGACGACUAAAGGCUUAUAGGUACUCCUAUUUGGUUUAAUGAAAUCGGUUGUGUGACUGUAAAUAUUGAUAGUUGUAUAAACCUGAAUUGUAUGUAUAGACAAAUGUAUAUUAGAGGUAAGGAGCUUUUGUUGUCAAUUUUAUGUGAGAGUAUUUAGUAAAGUUGUAAAUAUUGCAUAGAACCGUGAUGAUUAUAUUAUAUUAUAUAGAUGGUGUGCUCUCGCGUACGGCAUGAGGUACUGGAAUAAAAAAACCCUUUAAGAUUUAUUUUGUAGCCGAUAACCUGCCUUGUUUUUAGGACAAGAAUUCGUGGAUGAAUCUCAGAAAUGCUUGUCCUACGCGGGGAUCAAAUACACGACACUUCGCGCUUUUUGUGGGUUUGGUUGGUGACCACACCUACUUGGCUAUUCCUGCAUAAUGUUCGAAUGAGUCAUUGACCAAGCAGGUAACAUAAUGUAAACAAUUACGCUCAAGAAUAAUAUUCAUAACAGUUUAAAAUAAUAAACAGUUGAAAACUGAUUAUUUGAAAUAUUUACGGAAAAUCCCUCAUGCCGUGAGCGAAGUGUCACUGUAGUGCCAUUUUAUAACGAUAGUAAUUGUAAAUGUUUCCAUUUUGUGUUGAUUCUAUUAUAUAGAGUUUAACAUUGAAACUGUGGGAUUAAAUGUGUAAAUUAUGUCGAUCGAACUGUUUGUAGAUGUCAAUCAUAAUUUAAUGUGGUCCUAACAAUCUGAUAUGGCAAUUUUAUAUUUAAUAAAUAAAUAAUGGUUUAUAUAA